CCGGGACACACCACAGAUAUCCCACCUCUGCCGUGCUGAACCCUAUCGUUAUUUGCAUUUAACUCGCCCGCCUUCACUCUUAUUCCCGCCUCUAGCCACGCCAAAACCUCGCGGCGAGCCUCUGUCGCCGUACACAGCUCGGCUUUUGCCAUGGCAUCUACCCCAGACACCGAGUACGACAACAACACUCCUCUCGAAUCUCCCUCGUCACCUCCUGUAUCCCCUGACCCCAAUGCUGCUGCCUCCCCUGUCGCCUCCCUUGAAUCCCCGCACCAGGCCGUUCGCUCUAUAUCCUCACCGGGAGCAACUGCAGCCAUGACCACUUCUUCGACACCACUGGGCAAUGUCAAUGCCGCGAGGAAUCCACGAGCACAAGCUCCUACGAUAUCGAGUCGAGGUAGCGGUCUCAAUCUCUCGCAGGACAUACUGGCAAGAGUACAAGCCGUGCAUCUUGGGCGGCAAGGUGUACCACUCCCAGGCGGAGGACUAGGACGGCCUCCAAUCAUGUCCCCGCACUCAACAGGGCCAGUGUCUGGUAGGCAAGGUCCCGGGUCUUCUGGGGGGCCGCUGAUGACUGGCCCAGGUGGUGUUCCCUCCAACUUUCGACUUCCUCCCGGAGCAGGGGGGAAACCGAAGAUGACCAACUUCCAGUCAGCUCCCGCCGUUCCCGGGCUCCACCUUGGCGGAGGAGGAAAGCCUUCCCUCGCUGAGAAGCGUGGACUCAAGCUCCCUGGUGGUCUACCAGGCUCAACCCCAUCGAGCAAGAGUCCCGCACCGCCUGCAGGCAGGAAGAAGCCGGGCUUAACGCUGUCGCAAAUGAACGGGGAUCAGACUACGAUGCAAAAUUCUCCUCCCAAACAAGAAACUAUGCUGGAAAAAUACGCAGAGUAUCUUGAUGCCAAAACGGGUAGCUUGCGUUUCAAAGGAAAAGCAGUUCUGAACUCCGAAGGUGUGCAAUUUGCAAGCGGCACAAGCUUCAACAUUUCGCUGGACGAAGUUGAUACUCUGGACGAACUUGGUAAAGGCAACUACGGCACUGUGUUUAAGGUCAGGCAUAGCAGGCCACGUAUGCGAAGACCUGGCUUGGGAUUGGCCGGAAACAAGGUUAUACCAGGUUCUCCAACGCGGAGAGCUUCCGGCGAGGGAGACGAACCGAAUCAAGCGCCUGUAAAACCUGUCGCAGGCACUGGAGUCAUCAUGGCCAUGAAGGAAUUACGUCUUGAACUAGACGAUGCUAAAUUUGCGGCAAUCAUAAUGGAGCUCGACAUCCUGCACCGUUGCAUAUCACCCUACAUCGUAGAUUUCUAUGGUGCCUUCUUCCAAGAAGGGGCUGUUUAUAUUUGCAUGGAGUUCAUGGAUGGAGGCUCAAUAGACAAACUGUACGGUGGCGGCAUUCCAGAGAACGUUCUGCGGAAGAUCACCCUGGCUACGACAAUGGGUCUCAAGUCACUCAAAGAGGAACACAACAUCAUCCACCGAGAUGUAAAGCCCACCAAUAUUCUCAUGAACACGAAGGGUCAAGUCAAAAUUUGCGAUUUCGGAGUUAGCGGUAAUCUCGUGGCAAGUGUUGCCAAGACAAACAUAGGGUGCCAGAGCUACAUGGCACCGGAGCGAAUCUCUUCGGGUGGAAUCGCUCAAGCUGGUGCCAACCCCGGAGGAGGCACGUAUAGUGUCCAGAGUGACAUUUGGAGUCUGGGUCUCACUAUCAUCGAGUGUGCAAUGGGCCGGUAUCCGUACCCUCCUGAAACCUACAACAACAUCUUCAGUCAGCUCAGCGCCAUUGUGGAUGGUGAACCUCCUGACCUUCCCGAAGAAGGGUUUUCAGAGGCAGCGAGGAACUUCGUCCGAGGCUGCUUGAACAAAAUUCCCAACCUUCGGCCAACUUAUGCCAUGCUUCUUCAGCACGCAUGGCUUGCACCCCUUGUCAUGCCGGAGACAAUUCUCGAGGAAGAUGAAGAGGAGGCAGAAGCCGCAGCCGCAAUCGCAACUGUGAGUGAAUCUGAAUCACCUGCAUCGACUGCAUCCAAAGGAUCGCUGGAGUCGGGAGAAGGUGUAGAGGACAAGGAGGUUGCAACUUGGGUAAGAGAUGCCUUAGAGAAACGAAGGAAAGGAACCCUGGCGAGUGCUCAGAAGCCAGCUCUGCACGCAGCGCCUUUGGACGCCAUGCCUAGCCCUGGAGGAGUCAAUGGCCUGAAUUCACCGUCCACUGCAGAGACAACUGUUGAAAGUAGUUGAAGGGUCAUCACUUUCUUGAUCUGUCGUCCAUCCAACUUUCCAAAUCUUUCGCCCGUGCCCUCAAUGCUCUUUCGGCACCUGCUUCUCCACCCGCACUCACUGCUUACCUUGGUCAUGGCAACGCAGUUGACAUCCUUCUGGAUCUCUUAGCC